AUGGCCACGGUGCUGCCCUCCCGCCGGCGGCCGGUUUGCCACCUCCAGUCCAAGUCCACGUCCCCCUCCACGCUGAGCCAGUGCCUGGGCACUCAGAACCCGCAGGCACGAUGCCAAGAUCUGGGGGACACCACGGUGAACGAGCCAGACAAGGUGGGGAGAGGGACACCCAACAAGGCUGCAGCCAAGGGGCAAGAGGCAGAGGGAUUUCUGCAGGAUCCAGAUGAAGAAAUUGCCAAGAUCGACAGGACCGUGCGGGGCCCGUGUGGCGAUCAGCCGUGGGCCGGCAGCGCAGCCUGUGAGAACCCGUGCUCCCUGAUCCCCACGCCAGACAAGGACGACAAUGAACUGGUGUACCCCAUCUCCGCACACAAGCCCCCUGGCGCCAGGCCCCCCAGAGCCUCGCCCCUGCCUCUGCUGAACUGGGCCAACCGAGAGGAGGUUUGGAGAAUCAUGUUGAACAAGGAGCAGAUGUACCUCCGGGACCAGCACCUGCUGCAGCGGCACCCUCUCCUGCAGCCGAAGAUGCGCGCCAUCCUCCUGGACUGGCUGAUGGAGGUGUGCGAGGUGUACAAGCUGCACAGGGAGACGUUCUACCUGGCGCAGGACUUCUUCGACCGCUACAUGGCCACGCAGCACGACAUCGUCAAGACGCUGCUGCAGCUCAUCGGCAUCUCGUCCUUGUUCAUCGCCGCCAAGCUGGAGGAAAUCUACCCUCCGAAGCUGCACCAGUUCGCGUACGUCACGGACGGGGCCUGCUCGGGAGACGACAUCCUCACCAUGGAGCUGAUCAUCAUGAAGGCUCUCAAGUGGCAGCUAAGUCCCCUGACCAUCGUGUCCUGGCUGAAUGUGUACAUGCAGGUGGCCUACCUGAACGACAUGUACGAGGUGCUCCUGCCUCAGUAUCCCCCCUACGGCGUCCUGGCCGCGUCCGCCCUGUACCACUUCUCCUCCUCCGAGCUGAUGCAGAAGGUCUCAGGGUACCAGUGGUGCGACAUCGAGAAGUGCGUCAAGUGGAUGGUCCCCUUCGCCAUGGUCAUCAGGGAGGCAGGGAGCUCGAAGCUGAAGCAGUUCCGGGGCGUGCCCCCCGAGGACGCCCACAACAUCCAGACCCACCUGAACAGCCUGGACCUGCUGGACAAAGCACAAGCCAAGAAAGCCAUAUUGUCGGAACAGAAUAGGGUUUCUCCCCUCCCGUCCGGGCUCCUCACCCCCCCGCCGAGCGGCAAGAAGCAGAGCGGCGAGCCAGAGACGGAGUGACCCACCAGCCUCCUCACCAAAGACAGUGGUGCCCAAGUGCCUGCCCGUCCGCGCCCGGAGGCCGCCUCAGCUUCAGGCGCGAGCAGGGCUCCUGAGGACGGCACUGGACGGGAGUGCCGUCUCGUCUCGAGGCCUCGAUUGUGCGAUAAGUGGGUCAAGUUCACCAGCCACCUCCAGACACGACCGCUCGAUGCUGCUAGGAGGGCGCUGCUAGACUUGACCGACUCUCCCAGACCCCAGGGCGGAGCUGAGGAGCGCGGCCUCCGGUCCUGGGCGCUCGGUGCUGAGGGGCGGGCGGGCGCGUCGUGAUGGGGGCCCGCCCUCCACGCUAUCAGUUGACAAUGUACAAUGCCUUUUAUGAACUUGUUCGAAGUGCUGCUACGUCUGCCCGUUUUUAAUAAAGGUAACACUGUCUUUGAGACAGCUGGC